CAUUCAUUCCGUUCACUCAAACAUGAGUUUCGCUUUUUCGUGUUGUGAGAAUUUCUGAUUUUCCUGUUGUGAAUAAUCAAUUCAAUUUGUGACUGACUCGCGUUGAAUAAGCAGUGUUUUGUGUUUAUUAUUAUUAUAAGUUUUCAAUAGUCUUGUUGUUUCUGCUAAAUACUAUAUUGAUUUCACCAUGCAGAUUUUCGUAAAAACCCUAACAGGUAAAACUAUUACCCUUGAAGUUGAGCCAUCCGACACAAUUGAAAAUGUUAAAGCUAAAAUUCAAGACAAAGAAGGCAUUCCCCCAGAUCAGCAACGCUUGAUCUUCGCUGGAAAGCAGUUGGAAGACGGCCGCACACUGUCCGACUACAAUAUUCAAAAAGAAUCCACCCUCCAUCUUGUUCUGCGUCUCCGUGGCGGUAUGCAGAUUUUCGUAAAAACACUCACUGGUAAAACGAUUACCCUUGAGGUUGAGCCUUCAGACACUAUCGAGAAUGUUAAGGCUAAAAUCCAAGACAAAGAGGGUAUUCCCCCAGAUCAGCAGCGAUUGAUUUUCGCUGGUAAGCAACUAGAGGAUGGCCGCACACUCUCUGACUAUAACAUCCAGAAAGAAUCCACUCUUCACCUUGUAUUGAGACUCCGAGGUGGUAUGCAGAUUUUUGUAAAGACCUUGACUGGCAAGACUAUCACUUUGGAGGUUGAGCCUUCAGAUACCAUUGAGAAUGUCAAAGCCAAGAUCCAGGACAAAGAAGGUAUCCCCCCAGACCAACAGCGUCUCAUCUUCGCCGGCAAGCAGUUAGAAGACGGACGCACUCUUUCAGACUACAAUAUCCAGAAAGAAUCCACCCUCCAUCUCGUGCUCCGUCUUCGAGGUGGUAUGCAGAUUUUCGUAAAGACCCUGACUGGCAAAACAAUUACUCUGGAGGUCGAGCCUUCAGAUACUAUUGAGAAUGUCAAAGCAAAGAUCCAGGACAAGGAAGGCAUCCCCCCCGACCAACAGCGUCUCAUCUUUGCUGGCAAACAAUUGGAAGAUGGCCGUACUUUGUCAGACUACAAUAUCCAGAAAGAAUCCACCCUCCAUCUUGUGCUCCGUCUGCGAGGUGGUAUGCAAAUUUUCGUUAAGACCCUGACUGGCAAAACCAUUACUUUGGAAGUCGAGCCUUCUGACACUAUUGAAAACGUGAAAGCCAAAAUCCAGGAUAAGGAAGGUAUUCCUCCAGACCAGCAGCGUCUCAUCUUUGCUGGCAAACAAUUGGAAGAUGGCCGUACCUUGUCAGACUACAACAUCCAGAAAGAAUCCACCCUUCAUCUUGUGCUGCGUCUGCGAGGUGGUAUGCAGAUUUUCGUUAAGACGUUGACUGGCAAGACUAUCACCUUGGAAGUGGAGCCUUCUGACACCAUUGAGAAUGUAAAGGCGAAAAUCCAAGACAAAGAGGGUAUCCCCCCUGACCAACAGCGUCUCAUCUUCGCUGGUAAGCAGUUAGAAGACGGACGCACUCUUUCCGACUACAAUAUCCAGAAAGAAUCUACCCUCCAUCUUGUGCUGCGUCUGCGAGGUGGUAUGCAGAUUUUUGUUAAGACCUUGACUGGCAAGACUAUCACUUUGGAGGUUGAGCCUUCAGAUACCAUUGAGAAUGUCAAAGCCAAGAUCCAGGACAAGGAAGGCAUCCCCCCCGACCAACAGCGUCUCAUCUUUGCUGGCAAACAAUUGGAAGAUGGCCGUACUUUGUCAGACUACAAUAUCCAGAAAGAAUCCACCCUCCAUCUUGUGCUCCGUCUGCGAGGUGGUAUGCAAAUUUUUGUAAAGACCUUGACUGGCAAGACUAUCACUUUGGAGGUUGAGCCUUCAGAUACCAUUGAGAAUGUCAAAGCCAAGAUCCAGGACAAAGAAGGUAUCCCCCCUGACCAACAGCGUCUCAUCUUCGCCGGCAAGCAGUUAGAAGACGGACGCACUCUUUCCGACUACAAUAUCCAGAAAGAAUCCACCCUCCAUCUCGUGCUCCGUCUUCGAGGUGGUAUGCAGAUUUUCGUAAAGACCCUGACUGGCAAAACAAUUACUCUGGAGGUCGAGCCUUCUGACACUAUUGAAAACGUAAAAGCCAAAAUCCAGGAUAAGGAAGGUAUUCCUCCAGACCAGCAACGUCUUAUCUUCGCCGGCAAACAGCUAGAGGAUGGCCGCACUUUGUCUGAUUACAAUAUCCAGAAAGAGUCGACCCUACAUCUUGUGCUGCGUCUUCGAGGCGGUAUGCAGAUUUUCGUAAAGACCUUGACUGGCAAGACCAUCACUCUCGAAGUGGAGCCAUCUGACACCAUUGAAAAUGUAAAGGCGAAAAUCCAAGACAAAGAGGGUAUCCCCCCUGACCAACAGCGUCUCAUCUUCGCUGGCAAGCAGUUGGAGGACGGCCGCACUCUUUCCGACUAUAAUAUCCAAAAAGAGUCAACUCUUCAUCUUGUUCUCCGUCUUCGAGGCGGUAUGCAAAUUUUCGUCAAGACCCUGACUGGCAAAACAAUUACUCUGGAGGUCGAGCCUUCUGACACUAUUGAAAACGUAAAAGCCAAAAUCCAGGAUAAGGAAGGUAUCCCCCCUGACCAACAGCGUCUCAUCUUCGCCGGCAAGCAGUUGGAGGACGGACGAACUCUUUCCGACUACAAUAUCCAGAAAGAGUCCACCCUUCAUCUCGUGCUCCGUCUGCGAGGUGGUAUGCAGAUUUUCGUAAAGACCUUGACUGGCAAGACCAUUACUCUCGAAGUGGAGCCAUCUGACACCAUUGAAAAUGUUAAAGCUAAGAUCCAGGACAAGGAAGGCAUCCCACCAGACCAACAGCGUCUCAUCUUUGCCGGCAAACAGUUGGAAGACGGACGUACUCUUUCCGACUAUAACAUCCAGAAGGAGUCAACUCUGCACUUGGUCUUACGUCUUCGUGGCGGCAAUUAAAUGAGCUAGUUAUUCUAUGUUAUCCUAAAAUUGUCUCUAUUCACAUUCAAAUUUCAAUAUACUAAUCAUUCCAAUUACAAUAUCUUCUAAUUCCAACAUUUUGAUUAAAUAAAUAUCUUUCACUUCCGAUAA